UUAUAAAUGUCCUCUACGCCUCCACACUGCCCUCUCACACACCUGCAUUCUGUUCCUCCGACUAUUACUCUUCGGCCUGCCUGUCUAGCACUGUCUCUGACAACCAUCUAUCACCAAAACCAAAAACCCAUUUUCACCCAUCCCCUAAAUCAAAAUGACUGGAGGCAAGUCUGGUGGCAAGGCCAGUGGCAGCAAGAACGCGCAGUCGCGUUCGUCCAAGGCUGGUCUCGCCUUCCCCGUCGGUCGUGUUCACCGUCUUCUCCGCAAGGGUAACUACGCCCAGCGUGUCGGUGCUGGUGCCCCCGUCUACCUGGCUGCCGUCCUCGAGUAUCUCGCUGCUGAAAUUCUCGAGUUGGCUGGUAACGCCGCCCGUGACAACAAGAAGACCCGUAUCAUCCCUCGUCACCUUCAGCUCGCCAUCCGUAACGAUGAGGAGCUGAACAAGCUUCUGGGUCACGUCACCAUCGCCCAGGGUGGUGUUCUGCCCAACAUCCACCAGAACCUUCUUCCCAAGAAGACCCCCAAGAGUGGAAAGAACCCGAGCCAGGAGCUGUAGGCAAUUUCUCUUCGUGUUUUUGUUCGGCGUGGUUAGGUUUACUUUGCGGUAAUGGGGUUUGGGCUUGGCACGUUUAUGGCUCUUUGACUUUGUUUUUAAUGGUUGUACAUUAUGUCUACGGACAUGGAAUGAUGCCAGAAACUCGCAGAAGGAUUUCUCUGCUUCGUGUCUUUUAGAGCAUCUAUGGUGGAUAGCUCACGCCUGGAAUGUCACCCUUUUUAUGAAUCAUACUUGAUAUUAUACUCCGUAAUCAUAUAUAUAUAUAUAUAUAUAUAUAUAUAUAU